AUGUUCCAAGAAGAAGCCUAUCGUUCGGAGCUGCUCGCAGAUUUGCAGGCUGAUAACACCAAAUUUUUCUGUUUAGUUGAGAACAACAUAGAGAGUCUGGCAAAAACCAAGUCUGUCGAUCAAUAUGUGAAGCUGCAAAAGAUAGGUCAAGGCACAUUUGGUGAAGUCUUCAAAGUUCGUCACAAGUCGACGAAGCAACACUUUGCCCUAAAACGUAUUCGCAUGGAGCAAGAGAAGGAAGGGGCACUGAACCACGAGAACAUCGUAUGUCUGAAAGAAAUUUGCCAUACAGCGCCGAACGCUCGAAACGGGUAUAAACCGCAGUUCUUUUUGGUGUUUGAGUUCUGCGAUCACGAUCUGGCGGGACUGAGUCAACAGGUCGACUUUACCGAUCCCGUGAAAAAAGCAAUCAUGAAACAGCUGCUAACUGGACUCUAUUAUUUACACCUAAACAAUAUACUCCAUCGAGAUUUGAAGGCUGCCAAUAUCCUCAUCGACAAAAACGGCAUCCUCAAGAUAGCUGACUUCGGCUUGGCUCGAACAACGGUCGCAUCCAUUCGUCCGGACCGCCCAACGCGCUACACUACUCGUGUGGUCACACUGUGGUAUCGACCACCGGAAAUCCUUCUCAACGAUCGGCACUAUGGCAAGCCGGUUGAUCUCUGGGGCGCAGGGUGUAUCAUGGCCGAGUUAUGGACCAAGUAUCCAAUCAUGCAGGGUGAUAACGAGCUCAAUCAGUUGAAUCUUAUAAUCAAUCUUUGCGGUUCAAUAACUCCGGAAGUUUGGCCUGGUGUACAACGACUUGAAAGCUUCAGAGAGGCUCGUCUACCUCAGGAUAUAAAACGGCAUGUUCGAGAGAAGCUGACGCCCAAAAUUACUUCGUUAGCUGCAGUCGAUCUAAUUGAUCAGCUCUUGGUGCUUGACCCGAGCAAGCGCCUGGAUGCGGAACAGGCGCUCUCUCACGAUUAUUUUUACGAAGAUCCUCCUCCGGGCGAUUUGCGUUCCUUCUCCAAAUCUGGAACGUCCUACCUCGAGUUCUUAUCCUCUUCCAACAAUCCGCGAGGCCGAGCACCCCCGGCAAUGAAUCGUGCCGGUGGACCACGUGGACCCGGACAACAAAUGAACUAUAUUGGUGCUCCUGGUAUGCCGCAUCCGAACCGCCGACCGCCCAUGCCCGAUGAUAGCCUGUAUUACGACCGCGUGUUUUGAUGACGCGAAUUUGCUCUGUAUUUUUCUAGAUGCACACUGUGUUAUGAUUCACUUGCUUUUUUGUGCACUGUACAAAUAUUGUCCUCUACCCUGCCUUCGCGUGGUGCAUUUUAAAUAAAUUUUACACCGU